CUGUGCCGGGCGCCAGUCUUCACGCUCCGGUUUUCGGUCGGAGACAGCCCCAGACCUGCCUCGGUAAAAAACCGGAAAGUCCGGGCGCCGGGCACCAUGCCGAAUGAUGCUCCAAUCAGGAAUAUCAGCACGAACAGCUCGAAUUUGGGCGUCCCAGGCGCCGCUCGGAGUUCGCCCACCAACAGCACCACCAGCCCGCGGCGUAAGCGCCUUCCCACAGGCAGUCAACACGAAAUGCUGCAGAGUAUGCCAGAGGAUGAGGUGGGCGAUGACCUGUCUUCCAUGGCAUCGGACCUUGAGGAUGAUGAGGAGGAAUGGGACCCAAGAGAUGAAUCGAGCUGGAAGCUCACUCCCUUGGAGCUUAGCAAGGUGAUCCAAGAGCUGAGACAACGAAGGCUUCCGGCCAUUGAGGUGUCCAAGAUGAUCAUCCGCAGCGUCAUUGUCCACUACUCGCAUCAGCCGAACGUGAUCCACAUCCCUGCACCGGAAGUGGGUUCACGCUUCGUGGUGGUGGGCGACUUGCACGGACACUUUGGAGAUCUGAGACAUCUCUUGGAGGACCAUGGAGAGCCGUCUCCUGGGCCCAAGGGGGCUGUUCGCUUUUUGUUCAACGGUGACUUCGUGGAUCGUGGUACUUGGGGGCCCGAGGUGCUAUUGCUGCUCUAUGCUUUGAAGAUCAAAUACCCCUCAGCAGUCUUUCUGAAUCGUGGGAAUCAUGAAGACCAGUCGCAAAACCAGUUGCCGGACAACGGCUUCGUUCACUCGCACUGCACCCGGGCCUUCGGAGCCGAAGCCCUACCCAUGUACUACUUGAUGCGGAGGAGUUUCAAGGAGCUCCCGUUGUGCCACGUCAUUGGGAAUGAGAUCUUCGUGGUGCACGGUGGGCUGCCCAUGGAUCCCAUCGUGACGCUUCACGACAUCAAUGCCGUAGAUAGGCGUCAUGAUGUGCCAAUCAAGCACUGCGCCCUGAUGGGGUACCCAAAGGGCCAAAAAGUCGUGGCUCGCAAGGAUCUGACGGGCAAAGACGGUGAGAAGAUUUUCAAGGGAAGCAAAGGUCGUUUAUUCGAGCGCGUGCGCAAGUCGAAUGACGCCAUUGUCCGGUUUUCGGGCAAUUCUCAAGAUGAAGUGGUGGUGCAAAUUUUUGGAGCACCUGAGUUAGAAGAAGAAAUUGACAUUAUUUACAGCUCAGAGAAGGAGCGCUUGCGACAGCGUCAGCAUCGCAUCUUUGUGUCUCUCCUGUGGAGUGAUCCGGUGGCCAAGCCCAACAUGCGCGGCCCCAGCAAGCGUGGUGCAGGGGCCUUCUUCGAUAGCAAGGUGACCCAGGAGUUCCUGAAAGUGAACAAGCUGAAGGUCUUAUUGCGGUCUCAUGAGAAGCGUCAAGAGGGUGCCGUGCUCGAAAUUCUGGGGCUUUUCGGUGGAACAUGCCAACUCCAAAGGGUGGAUCCGGCGCAGUUUCCGGUGAUGUGUUUGGUAAGUCGGCAAGACCUGCUAGGACCGUCUGGUCGUCGCAGGGUCAAACGCCUGAAAGAAGUUCUUCGCGUAGCAGAUUUAUGCGAUGCGCUGGUGAACCAGCGGGGAACAAAGCAGCCGUGGAACUUUGGAUCGCAGAUGAUCGCAGGGCCGUGGUGGAAUUAG